UGUGGAAGUGGUGCUCCUCCAAGGUGCGUAGAACAAUUUUCAAGUGCUCAAGGUGCUCGUCCAUGGAUCUGGAAUAUAAAUUUUUCUUUAGGGAAGGUAGCACUUAUUGGUGGGUGCCAGGAGUAUACAGGUGCUCCAUAUUUUGCUGUUAUAUCAGCCUUGAAAAUUGGUGCAGACAUAUCUCAUGUUUUUUGUACAAAAGAUGCUACUGUUGGAAAUUCUAUAACAAUAAUAAAAAGCUAUAGUCCUGAGUUAAUUGUGCACCCUGUUUUAGAAGAAUCAUAUGGAGUAAGGGAUGAUGAGAAAGCAUCAGUUUUUGGUAAGGUUGUUGGUGAAGUUACAAAGUGGAUGCAAAGGUUUGAUUGCCUUCUUGUUGGUCCAGGUCUCGGAAGAGACACAUUUCUUCUGGUAUAUUUCCAAAUGGAAGAAUUUCUACUAAAGAAAAAGUCCUACAGACUGUACGCUUGUCUUAUGCCACAAAUACCUUCGUCAAUAAUGUUUUAUUUGCAGUUAUGUUCUGCUUCUGGUCCUUGUUUGUGUUUAUAUCAUCGAGCUCUAAUUUAUAUUUAUUUUAGUUUGUCCAAUCCAAUGGUGCUUGGGUGCAUUGCUGCUUCUGCGCUACUAAGGAAAUCUGCAGCACUUGCUUUCGCAUCCAAGAAACGAGCAACCCUGACAACAGAUAUUAUUGAGUGCUUGGGUAGGAGCCUGGAGGACAUAUGCCCGGCCGAAUGAUGCCGCAUCUCAUGGAUCUCGGUGGUUUGGAAGAGGAGUCAAACUUUUCUGCUUUUAAUUACAUGCUAAUAAUGUAAGAUGCUACAUCUACGAUUUUGUUGUUUAUGGAUGCCUGUCGAGUUGAAGUUCAGAAGGUUUUGGUCUUGAUUCCAGCAGCUUGAUUUGUCAUGCAGAUAACUUUUCAUGGCAUUGAUGUAUGAGAGCAGUGGUUGCAUGAAAGUGGUUACAACAAAAUUUAUGUGGGAUUGGCGGUCAGGUUGAGUUGGAUUCAUACAGGAAUAUGUAGAAGAGGAUCUGUGACUACAUUUCUGAGUUCACUAAGUUUGAUUUUAACUUGGUCAUGUUUCAUUUGACUAGACCAAAAUAAUUCCUGAUAGAUUAA